CUCGGAGACUAGCAGUGGGAAGAAAGGCAGGGCACAAGGAGAGAGGUUGCUCUGAACUCCUCUACAAACACAGUUCAAUGACCAGGAGCUUUGGGCUAAAGCAACCGCGCUUUUCUGCCGUGGCGCACAGAGUGCCGCCUGCCUAGGAGUUUUCCUGAAGCAGCCUCUACACCUGGCGCACUUUUGGUAGAAAGGGAGCAGGACAAGACCCUGAAAUGACUUAUCUCCUAAGAUUCGACUGAAGGGGACUUCCUGGAGUGGGAUCCUAGUGGAAUUUGGGUUUGGAGAGGAGUUGCUAAACCUUUUUUCCUCUUCCCCCUUUUCUCUCCCGUCAUUGGAAAUGAGCAAAUUGCAUUUGCAUUCCAGAAAGUAGCAAUAUUAAACAUCCCAUCCCCCAAAGAAGCACACAUGUAGUAAUAACAAAGGAUUGCAAAGGAGAGAGUGGAUCCAGUUUCCCAGAGAGAUCCCUUUAAAUGGAUUACUAAAUGGGACACUACAUCAGCUAGUUCUGUCCUCUAGCUGCCUAGAUACAUGCACCGAAAAGGGUGAAGUGAAGAAGUAAAGUCUCCCCGCUGAAUUACUAUGAGGUCAGAAGCCUUGCUGCUAUAUUUCACACUGCUACACUUUGCUGGGGCUGGUUUCCCAGAAGAUUCUGAGCCAAUCAGUAUUUCGCAUGGCAACUAUACAAAACAGUAUCCGGUGUUUGUGGGGCACAAGCCAGGACGGAAUGCCACACAAAGGCACAGGCUGGACAUCCAGCUGAUCAUGAUAAUGAACAGAACUCUCUACAUUGCUGCUAGGGACCAUAUUUAUACUGUUGAUAUGGACACAUCACAUACAGAAGAAAUUUAUUUUAUCAAAAAACUGACAUGGAAAUCUAGACAGGCUGAUGUAGACACAUGCAGAAUGAAGGGAAAACAUAAGGAUGAGUGUCAUAAUUUUAUUAAAGUCCUCCUGAAACGAAAUGAUGAUACCUUGUUUAUCUGUGGAACAAAUGCCUUCAACCCUUCUUGCAGGAACUAUAAGAUGGAGACACUGGAGUUCCUAGGAGAUGAGUUCAGUGGAAUGGCCAGGUGUCCCUAUGAUGCAAAACAUGCCAAUGUUGCACUGUUCGCAGAGGGAAAGCUGUAUUCUGCCACAGUGACUGACUUCCUUGCAAUAGAUGCAGUCAUUUACCGGAGCCUUGGAGACAGCCCAACCCUGCGGACAGUCAAACAUGACUCAAAAUGGUUAAAAGAGCCAUACUUUGUCCAGGCGGUAGAUUAUGGUGACUACAUCUACUUCUUCUUUCGGGAAAUAGCAGUGGAGUACAACAGUAUGGGGAAGGUAGUUUUCCCAAGAGUGGCUCAGGUUUGCAAGAAUGACAUGGGAGGAUCUCAGAGAGUUCUGGAAAAACAGUGGACUUCCUUUCUCAAGGCUCGCCUGAACUGCUCAGUUCCUGGCGAUUCACACUUCUACUUUAACAUACUGCAGGCUGUUACGGAUGUUAUCCAUAUCAAUGGCCAUGAUAUUGUCUUGGCAACCUUUUCCACUCCUUAUAACAGCAUCCCUGGCUCUGCAGUCUGUGCCUAUGACAUGCUUGACAUUGCCAAUGUAUUUACUGGGAGAUUCAAAGAACAAAAGUCUCCAGAUUCUACGUGGACACCAGUCCCUGAUGAGCGAGUGCCGAAACCCAGGCCAGGUUGCUGUGCUGGCUCUGUAUCAUUAGAAAAGUACAUAACCUCCAAUGAGUUCCCAGAUGAUACUCUAAAUUUCAUCAAAACGCAUCCUCUCAUGGAUGAGGCUGUUCCUUCAAUUGUCAGCAGGCCCUGGUUCCUGAGGACGAUGGUCAGAUACCGUCUGACCAAAAUUGCAGUAGACACUGCUGCUGGGCCACAUCAGAAUCACACGGUGGUUUUCCUGGGAUCAGAGAAGGGAAUCAUAUUGAAGUUCUUGGCCCGGACAGGAAACAGCGGUUUCCUAAAUGAUAGCCUUUUCCUGGAGGAGAUGAAUGUUUACAAUCCUGAAAAGUGCAGCUAUGAUGGGGUAGAAGACAAAAGGAUUAUGGGAAUGCAGCUUGACAAACAUAGCAGGUCUCUGUAUGUAGCAUUCUCUACCUGUGUGAUAAAGAUUCCCCUGGGACGAUGUGAGCGUCAUGGCAAGUGCAAAAAGGCCUGCAUAGCCUCCAGAGACCCAUACUGUGGCUGGGUGAAGGAAGGUGGGGUAUGCACACAGCUGUUAUCUGGUGUAAAGUUGGCAUUUGAGCAAGACAUAGAGCAUGGCAAUACAGAUGGCCUGGGUGACUGCCAAAAUUCCUUUGUAGCACUGAAUGCCAUUUCAACUGUUUCACCAGCUCAUGAAAUAUCUUACAACACAGUGUAUGGCCACUCCAGUUCACUAGUUCCAAGUACCACCACUUCUGACUCUCCAGCUCAAGAGGGUUAUGAUACUAGGGGACGUAUGCUGGAUUGGAAGGAUCCGGUUGGCUCAUCUGAAAACACAGAUCCAUAUGCAGCAGUCUCAUCCCAUAAUCACCAAGACAAGAAGGGAGUGAUUCGUGAGAGCUAUCUCAAAGGUCAUGAUCAGCUGGUGCCGGUCACCCUCCUGGCCAUUGCAGUUAUUCUUGCUUUUGUCAUGGGGGCCGUCUUCUCGGGAAUCGUAGUUUACUGCAUCUGUGACCAUCGCCGCAGAGAUGUGGCUGUUGUCCAGAGGAAGGAGAAGGAGUUGGCCCACUCCCGCCGCGGCUCCAUGAGUAGUGUUACCAAGCUCAGUGGUCUCUUUGGAGACACACAAUCCAAGGAGCCAAAACCAGAAGCUAUCCUCACACCUUUGAUGCACAAUGGUAAACUUGCUACCCCGGGCAGCACUGCCAAAAUGUUAAUCAAAGCUGACCAGCACCACCUGGACUUGGCUGCUCUGCCAACCCCUGAGUCCACCCCAACCCUGCAACAGAAGAGGAAGCCUAGCCGUGGUAGCCGGGACUGGGAAAGAAACCAGAACCUUAUCAAUGCCUGCACAAAAGAUAUCCCCGCAAUGUCAUCACCUGUGAUUCCAACUGACCUGCCUCUCAGGGCUUCUCCCAGCCACAUCCCAAGUGUUGUAGUCUUGCCAAUCUCUCAGCAAGGCUAUCAGCAUGAGUAUGUUGAUCAGCCAAAAAUGAGCGACAUGGCACAGAUGGCCAUGGAGGACCAGAAUGCCACACUCGAAUACAAAACCAUAAAGGAGCAUCUCAGCAGCAAAAGUCCCAACCAUGGGGUUAAUCUGGUGGAAAAUCUGGAUAGCAUGCCACCAAAAGUACCCCAGAGGGAAGCCUCAUUGGGUCCUCCUGGCUCCUCUCUGGCUCAGAGUGGUCUGGGCAAGCGAUUAGAAAUGCAUUCCUCUGCUUAUAAUGUGGACUACAAGAGAAACUACCCUACGAACUCACUCACGAGAAAUCAUCAGACAUCAACUCUCAAAAGAAACAAUACUAACUCCUCUAAUUCCUCCCACCUCUCUCGAAAUCAGAGCUUUGGCAGGGGAGACAACCCUCCACCUGCCCCACAGAGAGUGGACUCUAUACAAGUCCAUGCUGCUCAGGCACAGGCUGUGACUGUCUCUAGGCAGCCUAGUCUCACCGCGUACAACUCGCUGACAAGGUCUGGGUUGAAACGUACACCUUCCCUAAAACCGGAUAUACCCCCCAAACCUUCCUUUACCCCACUUUCAACAUCCAUGAAGCCCAAUGAUGCGUGUACAUAAUCACAGUGGGGUGGGGGGACAGCAAUGAAACAGAGUUUGCCCUUUAAAGCCAGUGUUCUGCAACUGCAUCACUAGUUCCAAUUGACAAGAAGGCUGUUGUUAAGCUGAGGAUGUGUUGAUCCUGCUCUCUGGGAAAAGUGGAAUAUUUUUUAAACCGAGCCAUCUGAUCUGUGGUGAAGGUUUCAAACUGCAGGACUCACCCCCACUACCUGACAGUUCUUUACUCAAAACACUAACUUAGCAUCACAAACAUUGAGCCAAAAGCACACAGGUGAAUGACGACUGUGACAUUUCACCCCCAAUUGCACAGUGCAUUCCUGAACUGGGAAAGAGUGCUCUGAAAAGCAAAGCAAAUAAAAGAACUUAAAAAAAUAAAAAUAAAUACAAAAUUCAUUGAUAAAGCUAAUUCUGACUUAACAAUGGCAGAAGUUUACUAUGUGCAGGUACUGUGAAAUGCCCAUCAGUGUUACAGCCAUUUGGUUAUAGCAGAUAAAUGCCACGUUGGGCAAAACUAUGUCAUAGAUUUCUGCUACUCUUCUUUUAAUGAAUAACAUGUGACUGUUAACGCAAAUAACUCCUAUUAUUUAUUGUUCGUCUUUUGUUUUUCCUAAGGAAAUGACUUCUGCAUAUCAUCCUAUGAGCAGCUCUUCAGAAAAAAUACAUUGAAAAUUAUACCUAUUUAACAUGAAACCCAUUAACUGGAGUAAUUAAAACUCUUUUAUUUUUCCAAUAAAUUCACUGAGUUAAAUAAGUUGGAGCUGGAAUUCUGAACUUUGUGUUUGGACUGUUCGAUCUCUAGCUGAAAAAAGGGGAAUAUUUAUUUAAUUCUGUUAGUUAAUUUGCUUGCUGGGCUUCUGAUCUAUGACAGGCAACCAACAAAAUCCCCUGAAUUUAUAACUCCUAAAGCAACUGCAAAAGAAACUCUUUAAAAACUGCACAUUUGUGCACCAUUGCUGUCAACAUAGCUUUGUCAGUCAUUAAUACUUUCUGGAAGGCACCAGCUUGUGAUGUGCCAUCUCAUUUCACCUUGCAUGUGAGACGGCAAACAAAAUCCACAAACAGUGUGAACUAAUUAAUAUGCCGGCUGUUACCAUGCAUAAAUUAUGGUCUUAUCACACGGGUUUUUCUUGGGAAUACGUCUGUGAAUAGCCUGUUUUCUUCCACAUGUAAAUUUGUGCCUUACACCCUCAGUUGUGUAUAUUUGUGAGCUGUAGUAUGUAAAACCUUCCCCUCCCCCGCCCUUUGAAUAAAUGCAAAUAUUUAUUUACCUUCCCUCUCCUAAGCCCCCCUGAAGAAUUGGAGUAAAGAAGUUCAAAGAAGAAUGUAGUGGUUAUUGUAAUAACACCAUAUCCAUCAAGAAAUUAGAGUAGUACUAUACCCUCCAAUUCAGUUUAACUUUCAAAUUGUGCCAAUUCUGCCCUCAAACCACCCCUAGGCUAUGCUGGCAGCAUAGACACCGUAUUGUGGUUGGCAAUUUCCUCCCCCUUAUACUUUCAUAUCAUUUCAGUAUGGUGAUAUUCAUAUUAGCCAGCAGAGAAAUGAGUAAUGUACUGUCUCCAAGUCUGAGUUGUCCACUAGAUAGAGACAAGCACUGUGUGUGACUGGCCAGCCACUGGAAGCAAGCCUCAAUGACACAUGCUGCUGUGUGCAUGCACAGUAUACAAAAUGAAGUGAAAUGGAAGUAAGAUGAGGCAAGCUGGUUCCUGCUGUAACUGAAUAAGGCCAUCCAGAACAAUGCUGCAAAAAACCUUCAGUGGGAAUUAAUUUUGAUUUUACUUUUUUCCUUUGCAUGUGGCCUGAGUGUGCCCGUGCCCGUGCAUAAGGUCUUUUACAAUUUUUCAGUCAUUCAUGCACAAAGGUAGAUUUGUUUUUAAUCUGUUAUAAUAACUAUGUCAACAUACUGUAGAAAAUAAGGGAGGGCCAUUUUUGUGUUUUAGCUACUGGGCAGUAUAUCUGGGGAGGGGAGGUUGUUUUGAUUGUUUUUUUAAAAUUUUAUACCCAAUUUGUUUUGCAGAGGUUUUGGUUUUCUUUCCGAACAAUCAAAAAGAAAGAGUGCAAGUCAGCUAGUGUGUAGAUGGUAUUUAGAAAGUCCGGAUGGUCUAGACCAAAGUGUGUAACAAGGGUGCUUGCAUGUUCUUUCAUUCCAUCAUUGCUUCUUUUAUAAAACUGACUUGUUCACCAUUAUGAACUACACAGACUGCUGUAGAUAGAUUGUAUCCAAAGCAAUGCUUUUUUUAAUUAAACCCUUCAGAACAGUAUGUAGCAGGAAAGUCUUUUUUUUCUUUCAAAAAACAAAAAAGUAGCAGCAGCAGCAACUUGCAACCUUUUCCCCCAAACUCCCAUCCCUCGAGUACCAAAUGUGCAGUGCCCAUUGCUAUUAUUAAGCAAAGCAUUCUGACAUCAUGUAGAAGUGAAUAAUCACUGCAACAGCCUUGCACAGAGAUAUGCCUUUGUAAUAUGCAUCACUUCAGUUACUGGGUUGACCUUGAAAUGCUCAUUUUGUACUCAGUGGGUCUUUUGUUUUAAUCCUCCCUCACCCCAGUCUCCCUGCACCCCUCACUUGGAGGGGUACAUAAAUCUUAAGUGUGCCUUUGCUUUCCACCCUUGAUAUACACUGGUAGAUGCAACAAAUUCAGACUCUCAUUUGUUGUAAAGUUGUAAAAUAUUGUGAUGUCACUGAUUUUCCUUCAUCUCCACAUCCCCCUAACAUCUGAGUCACAACUUAAUGUAUGUUGUAAAAAAAAAAAAAACAAAAACAAAAAACCAGAAAGAACAGGAAAAAAAGGAAAAAAAAAAAAGAAAAGGAAAGGAAAAAGCUCUUGAUUGAAUAAGGUAAUAAAACUAGUCUGUUCUACCUUA